UCCCAGUCACACAGCUGCGCCCCGCCUUGCCCGGGCCUGCGGGAGCCCUGGGGCCCCCUCCUCAUUCCCCAAGCCCUGGCCCGCUGUGCCUCCUGUCACAAUGAACGUGGCCCUCUCCAGGCACAGCCAGGUGCGGGUGAUGGAGGAUGUUGUGGGCAACGCCGAGAAGCACUUCGGGCAGUUCUGCUCGCUGCUGGCCGCCUACACGCGCAAGACGGCCCGGCUGCGGGACAAGGCAGACCAGCUGGUCAGGCAGCUCCUGGACUUUGCCAACACUGAGAACCCCGAGCUGCGGGCCACACUGCGGGGCUUUGCUGAGGACUUGGCCAAAGUGCAGGACUACAGGCAGGCUGAGGUGAGCGGGGCGGCUGGGCCUGGGACACCCAUGGCCGAGGCGGGCCCCAUCCCUGCCCCUGCUCAGAGUGAGAUCAAGAAAUUCAAACGGGUCCAAAACCAUGAGAUCAGACAGCUGGAAAAGCUGGAGAAACUGAGGCAGAGGUCGCCCUCGGACCGCCAAAUGACCUCCCAGGCCGAGACCAGCGUGCAGAGGGCCUCAGUGGAUGCCAGCCGCGCCACCCACCAGCUGCAGGAGACGGUCGACACCUUCCAGAGGCAGAAGCUGAAGGACCUGCAGAGAAUAUUUCUGGACUUCGUGACCAUCGAGAUGGUGUUCCACGCCAAAGCGGUGGAGGUAUACUCCAACACCUUCCAGACCCUGGAGAGCUACGACCCGGACAGAGACCUGCAGGACUUUAGAGCCAGGAUGCAGGGAGCUUAUGGGCAUUUUGACACCCGGCCGCUCGCUGACACCAGCCCCUCCCCAUCUGUCCCGUGGUUCCUCGCCAGCCAGCAUGUGCAGAGCACCGGACGGAGCCAGAGGGAAGAGGCGGGUGAGGACGACUCCAUGGAGGAGGCCCCCGUGGAGGAGCUCAGGGGACGGGGGCAGGAGGCCCACGAAUAGGAAAGGGACCUGCCUGGCAGCUGAGCUGGGGCCGGCCUGGCCCCCGUGCGGACUGCACAUCCUGAGCCUCGGUUUCUUCGUCUGUACAACAGGGACCACGGUGGGCACCUCCCAGCUGCCCUGGGAGUCAGUGCUCCAGAUAUGGGGCCUGCCCUCAGUGGGAGCAAAUAAACACC